AUGGCUGCUUCCCGCCAUUGGACUGUGCGACUGCUGCGGCAGCUGCUGGCGAUCCUCAUCACGAUGGGACGCCGCAUCGCCAUCAGCAUUGGCAUGCUUACUGUCAUCGCUGGAGAGCUUGCCGAGUGGCUGGCGGGACGGACUCGCGUCGCGUGGCAGGAGGAGCGCUGGGGCGUCCACAUGUCGGUGAUGACCGAGCGGCUGCUGCUGAUGCUGCUGAUGCUGAUGCGUCGCACCGCUCACAGGACUAUGAUGACUAUGAACAAGCGCAUGGCGAUGACUAGGAUGUUGGUUGCCGGUUGGGCUCGCACUGUGCGACAGAAGAGUGCUCGGCUUGUGCUGAGGAGCGGCAUGUGGUCGGCUGAGCGUCUCAGAAUCCAAGUCAGACAACUCGUCCAAAUCCAUGUCGUGUGA